GGCUGUCCAAGAUGGCGCACGGCCUGUGGGUUCUGAGGAGAAGGAAGAGACGCGUUCACCUGUAGCCCGGAGCCGAGGGCAGGGCGCAGUCUGGUUCUUUGGGCCCGCCCUGCGAGGCCUCUCCUUUUCGGCCGCCUUCUCCGGGGACUCCGCUGGGCAGCUGCGGGGCGGCUUUUCCCAUGUGAGUCCCGCGAAGGGUGAUGGUGUGGCCGGACGGCGCCCGCGGUUCCUAAAAGCGGCGGCGACCCCUCGUUCUCCAGCGAUGGCUUUGCGGGAGCUGAAAGUUUGCCUCCUUGGGGACACAGGUGUGGGCAAAUCAAGCAUUGUAUGGCGCUUUGUAGAAGACAGCUUCGAUCCAAACAUCAAUCCAACAAUUGGAGCAUCUUUUAUGACCAAGACAGUGCAGUAUCAGAAUGAAUUACAUAAAUUCCUAAUAUGGGAUACAGCAGGACAAGAACGAUUUCGUGCUCUGGCACCAAUGUAUUAUCGAGGGUCUGCAGCAGCUAUUAUAGUCUAUGAUAUUACAAAAGAGGAAACAUUUUCAACAUUAAAAAACUGGGUAAAAGAACUUCGCCAGCAUGGACCGCCCAAUAUUGUCGUAGCAAUUGCUGGAAAUAAGUGUGAUCUUAAUGAUGUAAGAGAAGUUAUCGAAAAAGAUGCUAAAGACUAUGCAGAUUCCAUCCAUGCAAUAUUUGUAGAGACUAGUGCAAAAAAUGCAGUAAACAUAAAUGAACUGUUCAUAGAAAUAAGUCGUAGAAUUCCGUCAACAGAUACCAACCCUCCAUCUCUUGGUAAGGGCUUCAAACUUAGGAGACAGCCUUCUGUGACAAAACGCAGCUGUUGUUGAUACUGAGACCCACCAAGCUAGCUUUUAUAAAGUAUUUGGCCUUAAACAUUAAGGGUUUAUUUUGAGUAUCUAUUACUGAUACUGGAUCCUGAUCUCCCUGAUAUUCAAAGACCCCCAACAUGGACCAUUUCUGGUAUUCUUGCAUACGUUCUGUGGGGAUCGUGCUGUCAGACUGUUUCCAUGUGUGCAGUGUACAGACUAAUCUCUUACAGUCAAAGGAAAAUCACCUUUCAUUCUGCUUUAACCUUUGAAGAGGAGGAUCCAAUGUACAGAUUAUAAGCCUUGAUAUUUCAUAGUUUUGUAGAAAAACAUUGCCAUGCUUUUGUAAUUGGGGAAAUGAAACUAGCACUUUUUGUGGAUUUUGGAGGGAGUGGGCUAGAAAGUAUGGAAAGAAAAGUUUGGCUUGAUUUUAGUGCCAUUCUGCACUCCUCCUUGCUGUUACUAUAAGCCUUAAUGUUUUCAUUGUUGCUUCUUCAAAGACUAGAAAAAACAAAUGAUUGAUGUGGCUACCAGAAUAAUGAUACUGGUAAGAGUGACCAAAUCAGCCCAUUCAGUACCCAAUCUUAAAUUGCACUUUUUAUUUUCUGAUAUUAUUAUAGAAAUAUAAAUAAGAACUUUGCUUUUAAGCAAAACAAAAAAUAGGGAAAGUGUAGCCUUAGACAAUCUUAGCUCAUUAUAUUUAAUUAUUUUAUAGUUAAAUAGACAUAGACUCUUCUUAAUAGACUUCCAGUUAAGAUACUAGUAAGAAGCUUAAUGAAAUAAGUGAAAAUUUGACCACAA